AUGACAUUUAGGAAUUUCUUACGGAAAAAUCGAACGCUCCUGCUGACUUUUAUUCCACCUAUCGUUCUUUUACCACUACCUCUCUCCGGACAGUCACAGGAAUUAAAAUGUGCAUACGGUCUACUUCUGAUGGCGUUCUACUGGACCACAGAAACGUUUCCGGUCCCUAUUACAGCCUCACUUCCGAUUGUUUUAUUCCCGAUGAUGGGUGUUAGUAAAGUGGGAGUCUUGUCGGCCAAAUAUUUCCAUCCAAUUUCAUUCGUCUUAGUUGGUGGGUUAUCUGUUGCUAUAGCGGUCGAGAAAUGGAACGUCCACAAACGUAUAGCAUUACGGUUGCUACUGAUAAUGGGCACCACACCAAAAUGGCUUAUGCUUGGCUUCAUGUUGACCACGUCCUUCUUGUCCAUGUGGAUCAGUAAUACUGCCACCACCUCCAUGAUGAUUCCAAUAGCCCAUGCUGUUCUUUCCGAGUUAAUGGUCAUGCGGAUGUCAAAUCGUCAAACGCAAAGUGAUCGUGAAAAUGAUAACAAGGAGAACAAUGAACAUACCAUUGAGGACUUACCAGUUAACAGCGAAACAAAAGUGAAUUUGAAUUUACCAGACGGCGUGGAAGCAGCUGAGAGUGCCGAGAUGGUCAACAUACAACUUUACCCAGAUGCAAACAAAAUGGAGAGAGAUAAUCUUGUUCCUAAGAAUAAGAAAAGGAAUGAAGAGGACGAUUUUGACUUUGAAAGUCUAGAUCCCGAUUCUCAGAAUCUCUGCAAGGCAAUGCUCAUGUCGAUAUGUUACGCAGCAAACUGUGGGGGUGUUGGUACUCUAACAGGGACGGGCCCUAACAUGGUUAUGAAAGGACAGGCAGACUUAAUGUCGGACGGGAAAUCGGGAGUAACGUUCACGUCUUGGUUUAUUUUCGCCUUUCCCGUUGCCCUUAUAAACGUGCUGAUUACCUGGCUGUGUCUACAGGUCGUCUUCUUCGGCAUUGGAAACCUGUUUAAAUCUGGUGAUGCCGCAGAAGGCGAGACGGUGAAGAAGAUAAUACGCAUCCAGUAUGAAUCAUUAGGAAAAAUGAGUUUUGCUGAAAAAGCUGUCAUAGUCCACUUUGUAAUCCUAGUACUCUGCUGGUUUACACUAAACCCAGAAUUUGUGCCAGGAUGGGGAUCGCUGUUCAAACCCGGAUACCUCAGUGACGCUGUCCCUGCCAUGUUAAUUGGUUGUCUUCUUUUCGUGUUUCCGAGCUCCAGGGAAGAACGGAAAGCCACAGACGAAACAUGUCGGACUCUGCUCGAUUGGAAAACAUUAAACCGGAAGUUACCUUGGGGCGUUGCCCUACUUCUUGGUGGGGGAUUUGCUCUUGCUCACGCAUGUAAGGAAUCUGGUCUGUCGCUGUGGCUAGCCCAACAGAUGGCGGUAAUGACUGCCAUCCCAGUUUGGGCAAUGGUUGCAAGCAUUUGUCUUAUCAUCUCACUGUGCACGGAAGUUACAACCAAUACCGCCGUGUGUACGAUCUUUAUGCCUAUCCUGGCGGAUUUGGCCAAGGGGAUCCAUGUACAUCCCAUCUAUAUUAUGCUUCCGGCAGCGGUUUCCAGUUCGUUUGCAUUCAUGUUACCCGUAGCCACACCACCUAACACCAUCGCCUUCUCAUACGGAUAUCUAAAAAUUAUCGACAUGGUAAAAGCCGGUUGGAUCCUUAACAUUUUGUGUGUGGCCAUUGUUACUGUCGCCAUUAACACUUGGGGUAUGGCCUAUUUCCGGUUGGACGUGUAUCCUGAUUGGGCUGUCAUACCGGAAGUAGAAUCGUCACAGAUUGUAAAUAAAACAAUAAUUGGUAUGGUCAAUCAAACGUCAUUAACUACGUCACCAGGCAACUUUAUCGCUAAUAUCACAUCUAUGUUUUAA